AGAGAGAGAGAGAGAGAGAGGAGAGAGAGAGAGCCGCUACAUUACUCACACCGGUUUCAUUACUCCGUGGGAGCAGGGGAAGUCGGUCCACGGCGUUUUUCUCGCUGACUGUUUUCUGACUUUUAUCCCUCUCUUCCGGCCACCUUUGAGGAUGUAUUUUGAAGUAUGAACGGCGUUUUCCUUAGUGGGUUUUCGUCUUCUUUAAGUCUUACUUCCUCCACUUCCAUCUGUUAAAUUUUCACCUUCACUUUUUUUAAUGCUAGCUCACAUUUUUUCCUCAUUUUUGUUCGCAGGACCACCGAGGAAAUAUUUUCGUAAUUUUAAUAGAUGCACUUAAAAAAAUCCGCAUCGAACCAGUUUGUGAGCGUUUCGACUCAUAAUUUUAACUUUACUUUUUCUUCUUCAUGACACAGACGCAAAUUUAUGACCUUUUGGCUUUCCAUAGCAGACAUCCAUUCUGAUUGUUUACAUGUUUCACUUUGAUCUGGUUUAGUUUUUUUUUUUUUUAAAUCCCUUGUUUAGUUAAAAAAACAAAAAUCCCAGCGUGUUUUUCCGCCGGGAAACAAGCCGGACACGUUUCGGUGGAUUUUUAAGUUCUCUCCGUGUAGUUUCGUGUGUUUUAGUUUUUUUGAGAGCUAAAAUGCCACAGUUGUCGGGCGGCGGAGGAGACCCGGAGCUCUGCGCUACCGACGAAAUGAUCCCGUUCAAAGACGAAGGAGACCCGCAGAAGGAGCAGAUCUUCGCCGAACUCAGUCUCAGAGAGGAAGGAGACCUGGCAGACAUCAAGUCCUCUCUGGUCAACGAGUCGGAGAUCAGCCCCAACAGCAACAGCCACGAUGCAGCAACGCAGUCCCAAAUACCGCAAGAUUCAUAUCAUGAAAACAGAGAUCAUCCAGAUGACAGAAAGCACCAAGACCUCUACAGUAAAGGCCAUCCAUACCCAGGCUACCCAGGCUACAUCAUGAUGAGCAACAUGAACGACUCCUACAUGAACAAUGGCUCCCUCUCACCUCCUAUACCCAGAACGUCCAACAAGGUUCCAGUGGUUCAGCCGUCCCAUGCAGUCCAUCCACUUACCCCACUGAUCACAUACAGUGAUGAGCACUUUGCUCCAGGAUCUCAUUCCGGCCAUCACCCCCAGGAUGUCAACAACAAAGGUAUGCCAAGGCAUCACCCCGGACCAGACAUGCCCAACUUCUAUUCCCUGUCUCCUGGAGGAGUGGGGCAGAUCACACCACCGCUGGGAUGGUUUUCACACCACAUGGUGCCAGGCCCACCCGGCCCCCACGCCACAGGGAUCCCCCACCCGGCCAUUGUUAACCCACAGGUCAAACAUGAACCUCCGCAGAAAACUGACAUCAUGCAUAUGAAACCCCAACACGAACAGAGAAAAGAGCAGGAGUCCAAAAGACCGCACAUCAAGAAACCGCUAAACGCCUUCAUGCUGUACAUGAAAGAGAUGCGUGCAAAUGUGGUUGCCGAGUGCACGCUGAAGGAGAGCGCUGCCAAUCAGAUUCUAGGACGGAGGUGGCAUGCUUUAUCUCGGGAAGAGCAAGCUAAGUAUUAUGAGCUAGCCCGCAAGGAGCGGCAGCUCCACAUGCAACUCUACCCAGGCUGGUCUGCUCGAGACAAUUAUGGAAAGAAGAAGAAGCGGAAGAGGGAGAAGAUGCAGGAAUCGGCCACAGGAGGAAAACGGAACAAUUUCUCCACAUGCAAAGCGAAGGCAGCAGCUACAGGCUCUCUUCUAGAGAUGGAGGCCUGUUAGAUUCCAUGAAGACCUUUUAAAAUGUCCAAACUGAAACCUCCAGUUCUCAGAGGACCACAGUCCCCCCGUCACAUGCCGCUCCCCCAACCACCAAAAACUCUUCACACCCUCCCUGAAGACGCCUGCUGUAGAGACAAUGAAGACAAUCGCCCUCACACCAUCACACUGUCACAGAAAACUUUUUUUUUUUUUAAAAAUACGAUCAGCUUUACUGCACUGAGAAGUAGCAGUGAUUUUUUUUUUUUUUUUUGACGUGUGCAUAAACACUCCAAACACCUGUUUAAGUUAUUGUAAGUUAUUUUUCCACUUCCUGUGUGUAGCCGUCUCAGCUGACAUUUACUCCCUCGGCAUCUCUACCCUUUUUUUUUUUUCCUCACUGGACUUUUGAGACCAUUUGGGCUUUUGCCCGACUGACCAAACACCUCUAAAGAUGGAGCGAUUUCAUCGUUACCUGCGAAACGUUCUCACUGUGCCAUUUGGUUCCGCUGACCAACUGGUGCAAAAAUGAUCAUUUCAAUUUCCUUUUAGACUGAAUUUUAUUUUGAAUGCUUUUUAUAUCUUGAACCCUUGUUUCAGUUUUUUUGUGUAUAUUUUGUUUGUGUUUUUUUAUAUAGUGGUAUAUAUUAAAUAAGCUUUGGACACAGGAAAGCCAUUUUUUCUUGUUGAAGCAUCUUGCAGAAAAUUUAAUCUUAAGGCUUCUUUUGAUAACUAUUUGUAACAAAUAGUGACCUCAAGUCUGGCUCAGAUGUAAAAUAAUGCUCAGUAUGUGUACUUUUUAAAACUGUCAGGAUAAUGUCGAUUUUCUUGGUAUUUUUGCAGG